CUUUGGAAUCUGGUAUAAUGUUUGCUGAAUUACGUAGAAUGAACAUGCGACAGGUCGCAUUACAAAUUUUAAACAUCAUGAGCAUUGCUGCAUCUGCACUUAUGAUUUGGAAAGCUCUAUCCAUUGUCACUAACACUGAAAGCCCUAUUGUAGUUGUUUUAAGUGGAAGUAUGGAACCUGCUUUUCAUCGUGGCGACUUAUUAUUCCUUUCUUUACCUAAACAAGAGCCUAUACAAAUAAAUGAUAUUUGUGUUUUCAAAUUGCCAGGCAAACCAAUUCCUAUUGUACACAGAGUAGUCAAGAUUCAUGAGGAUACAAACAUAAAGAAAGAAUACAUCUUAACAAAAGGAGACAACAAUCCUACAGAUGAUCGUGUUUUAUAUAAUAGAGGACAAAUGUGGAUUCAUAAAGAACAUAUUGUUGGCAAAGUUAAAGGAUUUUUACCCUAUGUCGGUAUAGUAACUAUUUUAAUGAAUGAUUAUCCUUGGAUGAAAUUUGCCCUAUUAGGUGUACUUGGUUUAUAUGUGCUUAUUCAUAGAGAAUAAUAUGCAAUAAUAUAUGUAUUUAUAUAUUUAUAUAUAUUUAUAUGACACUGUAUAUACAAUAUAUAACUAUAAGCCAUGGUUUAUAUAUAUAAAAAAAAAUACAUAUUUGACUUUUUUUCUUUCUUUCUUUUAUAGACCUUUUU